AUGGAUGAACCUGGUUUGAGGACGAGUAGAUCUUUUGAGGGUCUGCUCGAACCGUGGCACGAGCAUCGAGCUGUAAUAUUGUUUGCGACAACUUGUAUACUGGUAACCACCUGGCUCUGUAUAGAACUGCGCCAGAAUAGGAAGCCUCCCACCAACCCCUUGAGUCUCGACCCUCCGUUCACGAAGCCGAUCACAACCGAAAAUUCUCGAACGCCGCCGGAAAAGAUCUUCCCGCAGUACGAGAGGGCGAAGGGCGCUACUACGACUGGGCCGCGGCGCAUAAAGGGCGAACCACGAGGAGCAGAGCGCACGCGAAAGGGACCGGAAGACAGUCGCCAAAGACCGAUACAGGUGCUUGUGUUCUACUCUUCCCUGACUGGCAGCACAGAGGGCACUGCGAAUGAAUUUGCCCAGACACUCGGGGCUUCUCUGGGCCAGCCAAUCGAUGGCUCCAAGAGCCGUUUCCUGCGGCCUCUCGUCUUAGACCUGGCCCAGGCGGACUACGAUGAGUAUUUCAUCAGCGCGCCGAAGCCCGCAGAUUCUGGCACGCAGGUGGACUAUUUUUACCUCUUGUUACUACCGAGCUACAAUAUAGACACGAUCAACGACAACUUCCUCGAGCAUUUAGCGGAAACACACCACGAUUUCAGGAUCGACACAGCGCCCCUAUCAGGAAUAUUGGGAUACUCGGUUUUUGGCCUUGGCGAUCGGGAGGGCUGGCCGACAGAGGGCGAGGGGUUUUGCUUUCAAGCGAAGGAGGUUGACAAGUGGAUGGCUAAGCUCACAGGCCGCAGAAGAGCCUAUCCUCUGGGUAUGGGGGAUACAAAGCGGGAUUUGAAAGAGAGGCUGAGCGAGUGGGCAGACGGUGUGAUGGACGUCUUAACACAUGUUGCUCGUACUGGAAGCUUGGGCGAGGGCGUGCCUGGGAGUGGAGAAGCCGUCGAAAGCGAUGACGAAUACGCCUCCGGCGGAGACGACGACAACGACGGCGACGACGGGGAAGUUAUCUUAGACGAGCCAACCACGACGUCAAGAGCACCGCGGAAGAAGAACAAUGCGACUUCAGGGGAUAUUGAGGACGUCGAAGAUCUCGGGAAGAUUAUGAAGGCUUCCCAAACUAGCACAGAAAAGCCGGUCAGCUCCACACCCAUUGCUGUGGACUUCACUACCUACAAUAAUAAAUCCGCAUCGAAGCGACCGCCCCAGACAAUCAAGGAGAUGGUACCUAAGAACUCGCCGACGUAUGCGUCCCUGACAAAACAGGGCUACACCAUUGUCGGUUCACACUCGGGAGUCAAGAUCUGCCGGUGGACUAAAUCCGCACUGCGCGGGCGCGGGUCCUGCUACAAGUUCUCGUUCUACGGCAUAGCGUCGCAUCAGUGCAUGGAGACGACGCCGUCACUCUCGUGCUCGAACAAGUGCGUCUUCUGCUGGCGGCACGGCACAAACCCUGUCGGGACGAACUGGCGCUGGGUCGUCGACCCACCCGAGGCCAUCUUCACGGGUGUCAAGGCCGGCCACUACCAGAAGAUCAAGAUGAUGCGGGGCGUGCCGGGGGUGCGCGCAGAGCGCUUCGCCGAGGCGAUGCGCAUCCGGCACUGCGCCCUGAGCCUCGUCGGCGAGCCCAUCUUCUAUCCGCACAUCAACGAGUUCCUCGCGUUGCUGCACGCCGAGCGCAUCUCCUCCUUCCUCGUCUGCAACGCGCAGCACCCGGACCAGCUCGCCGCGCUCAAGGCCGUCACCCAGCUCUACGUCUCCAUCGACGCGAGCAACCGAGACUCCCUCCGCCGCAUCGAUCGCCCGCUGCACCGCGACUUCUGGGAGCGCUUCCUGCGCUGCCUCGACAUCCUGCGCGAGCGCCGCUUCCGCCACCGUACCGUCUUCCGCCUCACCCUCGUCAAGGGCUUCAACGUCGAGGACGAGGUGGCGGGCUACGCGGACCUCGUCGCGCGCGGGCUCCCGUGCUUCGUCGAGGUCAAGGGGGUCACGUACUGCGGCUCGUCCUCGGGCUCCGGCGGCGGCGGCGGCGGCGGCGGCGGCCUCACCAUGGCCAACGUGCCCUUCUACGCCGAGGUGGCCGCGUUCGUGACGGCGCUCGACCGCGCGCUGCGCGACCGCGGCCUCGACUACGGCAUCGCGGCCGAGCACGCCCACAGCUGCUGCGUGCUCCUCGCGAGCGGGCGCUUCCGCGUCGCCGGCCGCUGGCACACGCGCAUCGACUACGCGCGCUUCUUCGAGCUCCUCGAGGAGCGCGGCCCCAACGGCGAGUGGACCCCCGAGGAUUACAUGGGCGCCGAGACGCCCGAGUGGGCGACCUGGGGCAACGGCGGGUUCGACCCGCGCGACGAACGAGUCGACCGGAAGGGCAGAAAGAUCGAGACCUAAAAGAAACGGGCGAAGCAAAGGACGUAGCAGAGAGCAGUAGGAGUCCUAGAUCCUCCUUUCCUUAAGGUUAAUAAGCCGGUUUGCUGGUUAGUUAGACUGGGUGGGCCGGAAGCGCACAUGAAAACAAAAAGGGGCGGAGGGGGCCUGCGUGCAUGUAUAUAAAUAUAUAUACCGGGUAAUCAGCUUGGCGAGGAA